CAAUACGAUACAUAUCCUGAUGUGACACGUGCAUUAAACCCCUUAUUCCAGGUCACUGAAUUAGAAUCUAUAGCUGUGAAGUUCUGAUCCGCUAAGCACCACAAUCCACAAUUAUAUAUGAUACUGGCAGCAACGCGGCACAGAGUUUCAGUCAGUACCUCGUCCCAAGUCAAAACUAAGUCUCAUUAAGAAAUGAGACUUUUAAAUUGAUACAAGUAUCGUCAAACGAUUUAUCGCGAUUUAUUGCAGAAUCGAUAUUUCCCUAGUCCCCUACAUUUCAGAGUAUGAGAGAACAGCCUCUGCAGCAGAGUGUGAAUGAUGCUAUGUUUUUGUAUCACAGACAGCAUUAUCACUGCGCGCUGACAUCACUCAGCUCUUCCCUACAACAGCGCCACAUCGGCCGCAUGGCCUCUGCAGAGAAGUCAUUGUGUUCCCGGUCCAGCCCAUUGUUUGUGUUGGAGCUCUGCAGACAAUGUUGCCAAUCUUUUCCUAAGCUGUGAUCCAAAGCUGCUAUUGUGGCAUGUGACAUGUCCCGCUCGGCCAGGCGAGGGGGAACGGCUGUGCGGUGAGAGGAGGGCAUGUGUGUGUGGUCUGCCUGGCACCGGGGCAGAGAGCGACAGGAGGUCAGCGAUGUGUGACACCAGGGCAGUCACUGUGGUGACAGGCAGAGGGAACACACAGAAGUUGCUCCAACGGGAUUUUCUUUUUACUCUCCUUAGUGCAAAACACCUCUACAGUUUGAGUCAUUUAACAAGCUGCACACAGCUACCUGAUCACAUGGGACGUCUCCUCCAGGGCGGAUUGUUUUUGCUCCGGAGGUUUCAUGCCCAAAAUCGAAGGAAGAACAAAGAACUCUGGAAUACAUUUUUGUGACUUGCUGUAAUGAUUCAAUUUAAGUUGCCAGAUAAGAUUCAAAGGGAUGGACUGCAGUUUCAAGCAUUUAACAGACAAAACGUUGUGCAUAUCGAAGGUGCCGUCUCACAUGCUGACAGGUGACUCGCCAUGCAGACUUUGUAUUACAGCAUGCACCCGAGCCUCUAUCUGGACCGCACACUAACACGACCACGAGUUCUGGAGGAUCAAGUGGAGCUUUGGUGGUUCAGAGAGCCGCGACACUCCUUGUUUUGCUACAGCGCGUCCGUGGCCCUAAUUGUGGGGCUGGGCUUCAGCGGCGUGGGGCUCCUCUCCACCACCACCAGCUUGUCUGGGCCAUGGCGUCUGGGAGUGGGCACCACCCUCUGCCUCUUGGCUCUGGCUGUUCUCCUCAAGCAGCUCCUCAGCUCUGCCAUCCAGGACAUGAACUGCGUGCGGAGCCGGCGGCGCAUUGAGCAGCUAAAGAGCGGCGGGAGAGGCGACCCAGCUCUGAUUUUAGCCGUGGGCCUGGGGGUGGCGUUCUGUGGGGCCAUCCUGCUCUGCGUGGCCACACUCAGCGACCAGCGCUACGACAGGAGGGGGAUGCUGGUGUCUGGGAUUGUGCUGAUGAUCGCUGGGGCCAGCAUGGCUCUGGCUGUGGUGGCAUACGGAGUCCUGAUGCAAUUUAAGAGAAGACGAGAGCGGAGGAGGAGGAGGAGGGUGAGAGUGAGCCGAGCGAGGAGGCUGGAGGGCCACGCCACACGCGUGUUGAGCGUUACAGGGGAACAAAUCGGAGAGACUUUUACCAGCUGGACGAGUCUGAUCUGAGAGAAAAGCACCUGUUGGAAAAGGGACUGCCAAAAUGAAAGAAAUCUAAAAAUCGUAUUUACAUCGAUCAUUGUAAGAUUUUUUUUACAAAACAAAAAAACUUCAGUCAGGGAAGCUCCAAUAAUUUUUUUUGUGUUUUUUAUUACACAGUUUUUCUCGCUCUUUUUAUACCAUAAAAGCAACAAUUCAAUAAACAAUGGGCUACUUUUAAACUAAAAAAACUUUUAAAUAUCACUUUAACAGGUAUUUUUGAUAGCAAUUUUGUUAGUUUAUUUUAAUUACUUUAACAGAAAAAGUUGUAAAAUAAACUUUUUUGAUAUGAAGUGAACGUCUAACUUAAAAGAAAACUGAUGAUCUCUUGUGAAACUUGUUCUACUAUGGAAUGGAUGUCUUCACUAGGGCUGCCACAAUUAGUCCAUUAGUCACAAUUAUGUCAACUAUUAAAAUAGUUAACGACUAAUUUAAUAGUUGAUUAGUCUUUUGUUUCAUCUCAAAACUACGGUGCAGCCUUUUUAAUAUCGCGUCUACCAUUGUUUUCGGCACACAUGCGCAGUAGUGCAAAUGUGGGUCAGUAGUGAUGUAAAAGGAAGUUACAGGAAGAAUCAGGUACCAUAGCAACACGCCAAUGGAGCUUGAAAGUGAGAAACAUAAAAAAAGAAAAGAAAAAGUGUCCAAUGCAAUAUCUGAUUUAGAUAUUUGUUUACAUCCAGUUUAUGAGUCAUCCGAUUUAUUAACAAAUCGUUGUUAAAUCGUUUGUGGCAGCCCUGGUCUUCACAGAUGUGCUUAGUUACUUUUGAUAUUUUUUGUUAGCUUAUUUUAGUUACUUUAAUAAAUUUAUUAGAUCUUUAAAUAAUACAUAGUGCACUUGAAAUAGCAUUGACUAACCAGUUAACUUCUUAUGAUCACCGUUUUGUUUGGAACAAAUAAAGAAAUACUCUUGAAAUUGAUUUAUGUUGAGUUUAUUUAAAAGUUCCCUCACAAACAGCUAGAUUCCAAAUUUAUCAUUAAAAAUCUUAAAAUUUGACAUAAAUUUUAGACAAACAAAGAACCACUAACAAGACACUCUGACAGGAAGCAAUGUUCACAGUAACUUUUCACAAACUUUACUUUUAUUUGAGCAGACAAAGAAUCAUGUGGGUCAAAAUCAUGAAACCCUUUAAAUUCGUUUUUAUUUUUUAAAUAAUCUGUUAACAGGUGUGUAGAAAAGAACUAUGCUCUCUUUUCAUUAGGCUCAAUGCUUUUAGAAAAUUUAAUUUUCUCGUGUAUCAAACUUGGGCUGUUUAUAUGAGUUUAGAUAGUCAUUAUUUUGGUAUUGGAUAAAACAGUUUCCAGGGUUGCAACCUUAGAUAAGUUACCGGAGUUUCUUCUUUGUGAGAACAAAUAACUUUCUGGUACCUUUCAUGUGCACCAGAAAGCAUUACUGACUUUUUUUUCCUUUUUUUUUCCUUUUAUCUCCUUUGAGAUAAAUGUAGCUAUGCAGAUAACUCUUCAUCCCUUCACUGCAAAAAUGUAAAAUCUUGAAAAAUGUGUCUGAUUUCCUUUAAUGUGUUUUAUUAAUUUUAAGACAGUAACUUCUUAUUAACACAGAAUUUGUCUUUUUUUAUAUCUUUUGAAAUUUAGCAACUUUAAUUUGGACAUUUGUUAUAUAUUGUGUAAUCAGAUUAAAUCUUAAUAAAAUUAAGGACAUAGGUUUUUUUUCUUUUUGACAGUAAUGAAAGUCUGACAAAAAAUAGCCAAUAUACUUGGUUAGAUUUUAAGUUCUUGCAUCAAAUCCUUAAAUCCAAAAGCCAAUUUGAAAAUUAGAAAUUUGAAAGCCAAAUAGUCCAAUUUUUGCACACUAUCAGCAAUCCUCAAUCCAGGGGUAUAACCGUUAAAGAAAUCCCCAAAUCUUUUUAAAAUCAUUAGAAGAAGAAAUUAAAGCAAAAAAAAAAAACGUUUGUAUGACUUUCCACUAAACUUGAAAAAGUCUA